UGAUCUUGCUUCGCUGCAUAGCAGAUCCGUUGUGGCGAGCGUACAUUCGUGACAAUUAGUGUAUCACAGAGGCUGCAAACAUCUGCAAACAUGAGGACCUUAAUUUUCUUGGCGACGUGUUUAUCUCUGAUCGUCUGCGUAUGGGGAAACAACUUAAUUCUUGGAAAACGCGUUUCAGGUGACAAGUUAAUAGAAAAUCGAGUCGUCAUCAAGCCAAGAAUUUUUGGAAAACCACAAAUAGGUCUAUGUGGUGCUACGGCCCCUCCUGGUUCUAUCAUUUCAUUCGUCAGUGUGACGACUCCAAAUCCAUGGGCAGUGGGUAUCAAACGUGUUAGAGGAGGUCUUAUGUCGAACUUCAUAGUCGUAUCAGGAGUUUCAAGACCAAGUAUAGGAGUUGUAAUGAAAUGUCUCAUUUACUCUACACCCAUGAAGAAACCAACGACAGCUAGGCCCACAACGACAACACGAAAAACAACCACGAGACCAACAACAACCACGACAUCAACAACAACCACAACUACAGAGCAACCUUCGACUACCGAGUCCACCACUUCAAAACCAACCUCGACCACUUCGACCACUACUUCAGAACCAACUACGGCCACUUCGACCACUACUCCAGAACCAACCUCGACCACUUCGACCACUACUUCAAAACCAACUACGGCCACUUCGACCACUACUCCAGAACCAACUACGACCACUACUUCAGAACCACCUACUUCAGAUCCAUCAACAAACACUCCAGAACCACCUCCCACAACCACUGAACCGUCUGAGACCACCCCUCAAGAACCAACUACGACGAGAGUGACUAAUUAA